GCGCGUUAGUUGGCCUACACUAUACUGCGAUCCUUCGACGGAUAUACACGUGUAUUAUAUUAUAAUUACAGGUAAUAAGGAAACAGGUCCGAUCACUAUUUGUGGCUUCAAGUGUAAAUAAAGUGUCGGCAACAUGAGAAGUUUUUUAUUUAUCAGUGCUGUAUGUUUGCAAAUGGCAUGGAGUUACGGUGCACCAGAAGGAGUAGGAGCAUAUGCUUAUCAAGACUCAGCUGGUAAUAGUGUUACUAGUCGAAGAUUUUUCCCGGACUACUUGGAGCCAUUAUCGCCCUUCCCUCCACUGCCAGUUAUUCCACCGUUGCCACCUCUAGUACCACAAACGUUCCUACCACAGCUGCAUCCUUUUCACCCAUUACCGUUUCCUCAACUAAGACCGUGGGGAUAUUUAGAACCUAUCAGGACAUUCCGUUCAAAUUUUGAAAAUCAAAAAUUAGCGUUGAAUGCAGCCAGCAAAGCCUUUGACUUAACGUCUAAUCACGCUGGUUACAUUCCGAAUUUCCCGCGCAGGUUUCCCUUCAACAAUUUCCCAGGAUUCGGUGGAUUUCCUACCUUCCCGAAUUUCGACAUGUCAAACUUUGGAAAUAGUGCCUUUGCGGGAGGAGCAGCAGGACCCGGAUUUACUCACCAGAUCGCUGCGAUUAAUCCAGCCAACCCACAAAUGCCGAACGUGGACGUUAUGAGCCGUUUCGCAGACACAGAACAAAAACCAGGAAGUAAUUUCGUGAGCAUGUCCUCCCAUGCUUAUUCCGUAUCAUCUAACGUUAACGGCAAAGAAUUCAAGGACAGGGGUGCGGAGACUACUGUUAACAAUAACGGCAAAGUAACUACUUACAGAGUCAAAAGCUAGACACUGAACGUAAGUUUGAAGCUCCUAAAAAAAUCUGGUACAAUCGUAAUGGAGAUCUCAAAAUUUCUAAUGGAGUUUAUACGUCGUCACUGAAUUAGUUGUAACUAGUCUUAAGUGUUUAAUAAAUAUAUAUAAUUCAAAUAUUCCUCUAGUAUUAUAUCGUCGUCGGCGAUUUUGUAAAGUUUUUAAUAAACUAAAUUA